AUGAGCGUCACCAUCCAUGAGUCGCAGAUGAUGCCCGCCUAUGCUACCGACUCAAACGGUCGUUCUUCCCUCGCACAUGGACAAACCGCCGCGUCGACUACACCGCCACCCAGGGACUCCUUCACCAAUGGCAACUCGCAGCCCAUGAACGCAAAGCUCACCAAUGGCAUGAACACGACGCACGCACAUCCCCACGCACGUUCAACCAGGCCCGAGAGCAUCGAUAAGCGCUUGUCGCACGAAGAAAGCCGCUCCAGCUGGCACCGAGGCGACUCAUACGACCCAGACACCAUGCCCAAGUCGUCCGACACGCAGCGCUGGUCGACUGAGCGACCGGCCAGAGACGACGGCUACUUCGCGUCGGUACACAGCACAAAGACCAAGGACAGACUGUGCGGUAGCACAACCCACGUCGAAAUGGGCCAAAUAGACAUAGGCGAUGCUACAAGGGAAGCGAGCAAAGACUUUCACGUCCCCCACGUGGGUUCAGUCCCUAACGCUCCCACUUCGUCAUCGCCCCAGUCUCAGGCCGAAGCUGGCACACCCAGCUUGCAGGUCCCAACCAACCAAGCUCAGCGUGCCUCCUCCCCACCCACCUUCACCAAUACCAGUAACAACAACAACAGCACUCCCGGGCCAUCACAACAUCCCUACCGUCUGCAACAACGUCACACGCUCGAGGUGCCCAAGGUGCAAUCCUCGCGCGCUCGUGAAAGCCAGAACAACACCGACGACGUCAUCAGCGCAAGCGGUAGAUUCUCGCCCAGCCACCCCCACAAGCGCAGAGGUUCCAUGUCGCUUGUGCGCAGGAACACGCGAUCCAUCAACUCUGACAUGCCUCCCGAGGAAGUGCCGCAGGAUGAUGAAGCUGCACGCUGGGCUGAACACAUUCGUCAGAAGCGGGCCAGCAAGAGGAAGCGCAAAGAAGACGAAGAUGAAGAUCGCGUCGUGGUAGGAACAAAGGUGGAUCAAAACCACGUCAAUUGGGUCACGGCCUACAACAUGUUGACCGGUAUCCGCUUCACCGUCUCGAGAACAAACGCCAAGAUGGACCGAGAACUUACCGACGCCGACUUUGACGCGAAGCACAAGUUCUCGUUUGACAUGUACGUGCCGACUGGCUUUCCUGCCGAGACGAAGCUGUUGCUCGAGUUCAGUUUCACUUCAACCGGCAACGAACUCACGCCUUCCGCAAAGUACGACUUCAAAUUCAAGGAUUACGCUCCAUGGGUGUUCCGCCACCUGCGUACCAUUUUCAAGCUUGACCCUGCCGACUACCUCGUAUCGCUAACCAGCAAGUACAUCCUUUCCGAGCUCGGCUCGCCCGGAAAGAGUGGCAGCUUCUUCUAUUUCUCCAGAGACUACAAGUACAUCAUCAAGACCAUUCACCACGCUGAACACAAGUUCCUUCGUAAGAUACUCAAGGACUACUACAACCACGUACAAGAAAACCCUAAUACCCUUCUUUCCCAAUUUUACGGCCUGCACCGCGUUAAGAUACCCUAUGGACGCAAGAUCCAUUUCGUCGUCAUGAACAACCUGUUUCCCCCGCAUAGAGAUAUUCACCGCACAUUUGAUUUGAAAGGUUCAACCAUUGGACGAGAUUUCAAGGAAGAAAACUUGGCUGCCAACCCUCGGGCAACACUCAAGGACCUGAACUGGUUACGCAGAGAUCAGCACCUCGAGCUGGGGCCGGUGAAGAAGAAGAUGUUCAUUGAACAGAUGCAAAAAGAUGUAAAGCUCUUGCAGCGUCUGCACAUCAUGGACUACUCACUUCUAAUUGGUAUCCAUGAUCUCGAGAAGGGCAACGAAGAAAACCUGCGGGACAAGACCCUCAAGGUCUUUUCACCUGGCGGCGAGGAGUCACCGGAUCAGCCACCUAAUCAGCUCAUGCGCACACCAUCCAAGCUGGAGAACGCGCGCAAGGCACGCGAACUAAGGCAGAUGGUCAAGACACAAAAGCCAGUACCCAUGGGUCAAACGUCAAGUAAGAUGCCAGAUGAGCUGGAUGAUCCUAACCGUGACUUUUACUUUUACUCGGACGAUGGUGGCUUCCGGGCUACUCACGAGGAUAACGCGCCCGGAGAGGAGAUUUAUUACCUUGGUAUUAUCGACUGCCUGACACACUACUCGUUCAUCAAGCGCAUGGAGCACUUCUUCAAGGGUAUCGCGAACACCGAGUCUCAAAUAUCUGCCAUUCCUCCAGAACGAUACGGAGAUCGCUUCAUCAAAUUCAUCAGCGCCGUCACCAAGACCAAGGAGGCAGCCGAGCGUGAGAAGCAAGAACAAGUGACAAACGAACUCAACGAUCUCUCGCUUGAUGGCGUUAGUGCAACUCCUAACCAGCGGUUGUCAACUGAGCGUGUCAUUGAGAAGGCUGAGCAUCAAGCCGAUCGUUCGCGAAGACACGGGCAGAAUGAAGAGGAUGUACCCAAUUUCCACAUGCGGGCAGUACGUAGCCCAUCGGCAGAGAGAGGCGAGAUAGGCACCACACUUCCCGUAGUUGAGGAGGUCGGAGAAUCAUCCAGCGUCGGUGGACACAGCAGCCGCAGCGCAACAGACAAUGCAGCUGGUGCGAGCGAGCACAACGAGCGAACGUCGUCAUUACCAUCGCAGUCUGCAGGUACACCCUACCUUGGCCCACCACAACUCCAGGCAAGAGCCAGGUCACAAUCAAGAGAAAGGGAUCAGUCGCUCGGGAGGGCGCCACCAACGCCACCAAAAGACGCUGGACGUCCUCCCACACCGCCAAAGGAUGACUACAUGUCCAACAGGCAUUCUGGCCCCCCAACACCCCCCAAGGAAGACAAGAGCAGAGGAGGCAUCCCCCGAUCGUCGAUAGACAAGGACCUCCCACGAACCCCUCUUGAAACCACGAUCCGUGUCAACUAA